AUGAGUGGUAAACGAGCCAGCUUGUCGCUCAUUAAGAAGUACAAGAUAAUCCAGGAAGUGGAUGAGAAGAAGCUGUCGAAGACGGAUAUCGCGCAACGACAUGGCAUUCCGAAAUCAACUCUUUUCACAAUAGUAAAAAAAAGGGAAGAAAUAGUAAAUGCAGUUUUUAAGGACGGCCGCAACGUCCAGUUAAAAAAUUUGAGGGGCGUGACACAUGCUAAUCUAGAGGAAGCAAUGCUGGAGUGGUUUGGCCAGCUUAGGGGGCAAAAUAUGCCUGUAAGUGGACCGAUUAUGCUAAAUAAGGCAGACGAAUUAAGCUUGAAGUUAGGCAUUGAGAACUUCAAAUGUUCAAACGGUUGGCUGGAUAGUUUCAAAGUUCGUCAUAGUAUAUCGAGUCGCAAAAUCAUUGGUGAAAGUGCGUCAGUCGACCCGCAAUCUGUGAACGAAUGGUUGCCCUUGCUCGGAAACAUCCUUUGCCGAUACCUGCCUCGCGAUGUUUACAGCGCGGAUGAGCUGGGGAUGUUCUAUAAUCUCAUGCCAUAUCGUACUCUAGCUAUGAAAGAUGACAUGUGUAAGGGUGCAAAGCGAAGCAAGGAACGCCUCACCGUCCUUCUGUGCUGCAACAUGGACGGCAGUGACAAAAUAAAGCCUAGCCUCUCGUGA